UAUCAUUUGAAAACAUUGAUUUAUUGAAAGUUUACUGAUUAUUCACACCAUUGAAUUAUUUAUAGAGUGUUCCUAUAGUUUUUUAUAGAUAUUUUGAAAAUACGACCAGUCGUUUUAAAUGUGAAGCUGCGGUUUCCUGUUGUCAUAACCGAGCGCGCUCUCAGAUUGAUAGCAGGAGCGGUUACUUCCUGAGUUUAGGGAAGGGGCUUGGUCCUGUGCUCGCGCCUCGCGAGAACGCGCAUCAAAUUAGCAUCGAUGAAGUUAGUGCGAACAUGGCGGAUUUCCUGCCGUCCAGGUCUAUGUUAAAAGUUUGUUUGCCCCCCUGCCUGCUUAACGCCGGCGAGGCGGAGCAGAUCCGAAAGUCCAAGGAGAUCGACAAAAAUCUGUCCCGGGAGAAAACGUACGUGAAGCGGCUGGUGAAGAUCCUGCUGCUGGGCGCUGGCGAGAGCGGCAAGUCGACUUUCCUCAAACAAAUGCGAAUCAUCCACGGCCAGGACUUCGACCAGCAAGCCCGAGAGGAUUUCAAAGGAACGAUCUACAGCAAUGUUAUCAAAGGUAUGCGUGUGCUGGUGGACGCGCGGGAGAAGCUGCACAUCCCAUGGGGCGACGAGAACAACCAGCAGCACGGCGACCGGGUGAUGGCCUUCGACACCCGGUCGGCCAAGAUGGCAAACGGGCAGCUGGAGAUGCUGGUGUUCCUGCAGUACGCCAAGGCACUCAAAGCGCUGUGGGCGGACACGGGCAUUCAGAACGCAUACGACCGGCGCAGGGAGUUUCAGCUGGGCGAGUCGGUGAAGUAUUUCUUGGAUAAUCUAGAGAAGAUCUCCCAGCCGGACUAUCUUCCCAGUCAACAGGACAUCCUCCUGGCCCGCAAGCCCACCAAGGGCAUCCACGAGUAUGACUUCGAGAUCAAGAACGUUCCCUUUAAGAUGGUGGACGUUGGGGGCCAGCGGUCGGAGCGGAGACGCUGGUUCGAGUGCUUCGACUCCGUCACCUCCAUUCUCUUUCUCGUCUCUUCCUCUGAAUACGAUCAGGUGCUGAUGGAGGACCGCCAGACCAACCGGCUGCGAGAGUCGCUCGACAUCUUCGAGACCAUCGUCAACAACCGCGUCUUUGUCAACGUCUCCAUCAUCCUCUUCCUGAACAAGACGGACCUGCUGGAGGAGAAGGUGAAGCUCGUCCCACUCAAAGACUACUUUCCCGAGUACGCCGGGACGGAGCACAACCUGUCGGACGUGCAGGCCUUCAUGGUGGAGUGCUUCCGGGCCAAGAGGCGCGACGCCACGCAGAAGCCCCUGUAUCACCACUUCACCACGGCCAUCAACACGGAGAACAUCAGGCUGGUGUUCCGGGACGUCAAGGACACCAUCCUCCACGACAACCUCAAGCAGCUCAUGCUCCAAUGACACCACACACACACACACAUUCACACACCAAACACCCCCUUUUCCACUGCCACGCCCCGCAGCCUGUGAACGUAAGAGGACGUGAAUGGGGACGGACCACCUCUCGCUUCCUGAUGAGGACUCCAGAGAUCAUAAAUUGAUGUUUGCAGUCUUUAGACUUUCUGUUUUGUUUUUUUUGUUGUUUUUUUUAAUUUUCAGUAGGUUUUACUCCUUAUGGAAGUGUUCAUCCUGUUAGCUCAGGAUCUGAUCAUUGGAUAGGGUAUUUAGGCAAACUGUGGUAUUAAAGGUAUAAGCAAGAAACCGCACUGGGUUUCUGGAUGGUAUCUGAUCCCUGCUGCUUUGUCCUCCUCCCUGAGCUCCACCUCAUUCACUUGGUUAUUUUUUUUUUUUUUUCUUAUUUUUAACCCUUAGGAUGCCAGUGCUGGCACCUGUGGAAGCCGGCCUCGCUUAAAAUCAAACUGGUGAAUAACAUCUACUCUUGUAACGCAAACCGAGCGACUGUGGAGACAUGUUCAAGCGACGCAUAGAGAAAGUUGAUUGGAUUCAGUUCAUGCCCAAGCACUGACUUUUAAUAUUUCCUCGCCCUGCCGUGAUGCUGAGGGCGAACCUAACUUCUUAUUGACCUGAGCGUUCAGAGUAAACACGUCUGAUCCGUCUCCAGCACUGACACGUCAUUUAUAGAAGUCACGCAAUCACAAGACUGAACCUUUUUCAUCCAUGACCACAUAGGUGUUGCCUUAGAAUUUAAUUUUUUGUUGUUAUUAUUAUUAUUUUUGGGAUGUCGAGAGGGUAAAACGGUUACCUUCGUCGGACCGUUUGGUUCCAGUAAGUUAACGUAAAGUCCGCUCUUUCCUCAGGGUUGAAUCGGAUCCGGUGUCGAUACUGAUGUGUGAAGCUCGAUGUUUGGCGGUGGGAACAGGCCUCCAUGCCGUUAGCUAGUUGGUGUUUUUAGGACUGCAUCCUUCCCCCAAUUCGUCCUUCCGCCUCUUUUGAUUUUAUUACUGAUUAUAGAUGCCUUAUAAAAUGACCUUCACAAGGCCCUCCUCCCC